CGCAAAGUUAAUUUCUGAUAUUGCUGUAACUUCACACAAUCCCAACCUCUGAUCAUCACCCACUGCUUGGAAUUUCUUAUAAAAGGCCAUCAAAACAAGUCUCCUCUCCUAGGACCACAGUUCAACGGCGAUAUAUUUCUAUUUUGUUGUUGAACUGAAGCGAGCAAUUCCGGCGCAUCCAGCCGUCAAGCCCUGAAAGACGGCUGGCGAUGUUCUAGUGCUUUGUGGCACGUCGUCAUCGAUUCUAGUCCCUUUCCAGGGUUCUGGUAAACAAGCUAGAAGCUCAUCUCAUCUCACCCUCAUCUCAUUCCCUUGCCUUCUCACCUAAGGUCUGAGACUUGCAUCUAUUUCCUUUUUGCCAAAUAUUAUUUUCCUUCUCCGCUUCUAUGAUAGAAGCUAGACAUGCCUCAACAUACUCCCGACGAGAGAGCGCCACUCCUCUCAAACGGCAGCGCAUCAUCUCACGAAGAUAGACAUUUACUACAGUUCAGCAAAAAAGACGACGACAACCCAAGAAACUGGUCAGAAUGGAAGAAACUCGCAAACAUCGCCGUCAUCGCCUCCAUGUCCAGUACGGCAUUCCAUCGCCGACCCUGUUAUUCUUCACAGCCCACACUAACGUGGCACAGUUCUCAGCCCCCUCGCGAGCUCAAUGUUUGCACCAGGCAUUGAACAAAUAGCAGGGUCUCUGCAUGCCACCACCGACGGCGUGAUAGGGUGUCAAACCGGCUUCGUCGUAAUGCUCGGUGUUGGCCCGUUGAUCCUAGCACCACUGUCCGAGACGUUCGGAAGAAAACCACUGUAUCUCGUGUGCUUCACUAUCUUCACUCUGCUUCAGAUACCUACCGCGUUGGCGAAGAGCCUACCAGUGCUCAUUACGUUGAGGACGAUUGCUGGAUUCUUUGGAAGUAUCGGGAUCGCAAACGGAGGCGGCACCAUCAGCGAUAUGUAUGCACCCAGCGAACGAGCAGGUAUCUUCGGCUGGUAUCUCCUCGGUCCCCUCCUAGGCCCAACAAUCGGGCCUCUCCUCGGCGCAGUGAUCCUCGACAACUUGCCCUGGCCAUGGCUCUUUUGGGUUCUGCUAAUAAUCUGCUCCGUCGCCGUCUUCGGUGCUUUCUUCUUCCUCCGGGAGACCUACGUCCCCGCAAUCCUCUCGCAGCGCAAGAAGACCCUUGAGGCAGAAGACUCGACUCAUUACUACUACGAGGGCGAGGACUUGCGGCCUCUCCGCGCGAAGCUAACACAGUCUAUCAAGCGACCUCUCUUGAUUCUCUUUACUCAGCCUAUCGUCAUAACGAUGGCUUUGUACCAAGCACUGCUCUUCGCUAUCACUUACAGCAUGUAUACGCAGUUCCAGAGUAUAUAUGGCGGACUAUACGGCUUCAGUACGCUGCAGGUUGGAUUGACAUACCUGGGUCCUGGGCUGGGGUUCUUGACGGCGGUGUGGUUUCUCGUGCCGAGGAUAGGGACAGUAUACAACUCUCUCUCCAAAAAACACAACAAUGUCCCAAAACCAGAGUACAGGCUCCCACUCGCAAACAUCGGCUCAGUAUUGAUCCCCGUAUCUCUUUUCACAUUCGCGUGGACGACAGAGUACCAUAUUCAUUUCAUGGUUCCCAUCACAGCGACGUUUUUCUACGGCAUCGGGCAGGUUGCUAUUUUCAACGCCGUGCAAAAUUACUACAUUGACUCGUUCGAGAAGUAUGCUGCUAGUGCUAUUGCGGCGGGCAGUUUGUUCCGGAGUGUGGUGGGGGGCGUCGUGCCUGUUUUUACAGGGGCCUUGUUGGAGAGAGUCGGGCUUGGGUGGGGGUUCAGUAUCUUCGGGUUUGUGAGUUUGCUUCUGGCGCCGAGUCCUUUGUUGUUCUAUGUGUUUGGGGGGCGGUUGAGGGAGAGGUUUAGAAUCGACUUGGAUUGAAAGGGCAUUAGGUCGCGGGUUGGAAUGCGUAGACUGUGAUACUCGUGUACAUUUCAUUUUAGGAUUUGUUUGCAUAGACAAGAAAUAUGCUAGAAUUUACUCAUUCAAGUCACCUAG